UCUGAAGGACAUACGCAUCGUUCAUCGAACAAUAUAUGAACAACGCUUUGUCCCAGAUUUUGGUUGCUUUGCAGCAACUUCCGCUCAUCAUACAUCAUGCGUGCUCUCAGGCUGUUCUUGCGAUUGAGCCCUUCAACAACUCACUCACCAGCCAUGUGAUGUAUUGAUCAUAUUCAUGGAGGUGGAGCAAGGCGCAUAGUAAUCGUGCUUCUGAUAUUGCAGAUACUAAGGCCUCGUAUGCACUUGCCUUACGGCCUAUCUCAUCUGCUUCAAGCGCUGUCGAACAAAGAUAAGAAGGCAUGCACCCUGUGCACGAUAACAUCAACGAGCGGGCUGCUGAACGAACUCAUACAUUGAUAUUCAUAUUAAUCAUGAUAUACUGUGGAUCUUCUUCAGCACACCCCAGAGGUGCGAUGUCCUCAUGUAUUGUAGCGACUUUUCAAAGCGCUAUAAUACCUUGCCGAUGUAAGGAACUGAAAUCUCGUCCACCCCCGUGCCCAAUGUUAGGUUACCGCCCAUUCAAUUCCUCUCCACACCGUUUAUCCGAGACAUCGUGUAAAUGUUCAUGUGACAAGAAACCGGGGAAAAACCUGGUUGUCUGCAUUGAUGGAACAUCAAACACCAGAGACGACACCACUCAUGUCUUCGAACUAUACGACAAUAUCGUCAAGGAUGACGAUGAAAACCAGAUAGCAUACUACGCCAGUGGUGUAGGAACGUGUGUCAGGCCCGAAGGUUUCGUGCUUGUGGAGCAGAUUUUGAAGAACUUGGACCUGGCUAUUGCUCAUACUAUCAGGCGAAACAUAUUGAAAGCCUAUGAAUGGCUCUCGGUCAGAUACCAUGAUGGUGAUAAGAUCUUUUUAUUUGGAUUUUCAAGGGGUGCAUAUCAAGUCCGUGCUUUGGCCGGAAUGAUCCACGAAGUGGGACUUAUCACACCUGGAAAUGAAGGGAAGAUACCAAGUGCCUUCCAGUAUUACUGCGCCAUCAAUAGCGGGAAGUCCAAGGAUAUCAAUGAUGCGAAGGAGUUCAAAAUGCAAUUCUCCAAAAGCGUAGUCACACAUUUCAUCGGUGUAUGGGACACCGUUUCAUCUGUUGGUGUUAGGAAAACGAUGAAUUUCCCUUCCACUGAUACGUGCGAUCACGUUUGCUACUUCCGGCAGGCACUUGCGCUAGAUGAGCGCCGGAUAAAAUUUCUACCCGAGUACGUCUACGGGGGUAUGAGCAAUCGAUCGGACUGGCGUAAAUACCGAGCGUCAGCGCCACCUCCCACAGACGAAGGUCGUAUUAAGGAGGUUUGGUUUGCGGGUAGUCAUUCGGAUGUCGGUGGUGCACGUUGGAAGAACAAGAGUCACCCCCAUGACUUCCGGAACAUCCCUCUAUUAUGGAUGCGCGAAGAAGCUCGCGAGGCGGGGCUUCUGCUCAAUUUCCGCGAGGUAGCUUUCAGAUAUGAAGAUGAAUCAUUUCUGGAACCUGAAGUUACCAAAUCUUCAAACCUUGCGUGGUGGCUGCUUGAGAUAUUGCCUAUUGGACAUCUUUGCUUCAACUCUAACAAGCUUAAAGCGCUACCGCACCUUGGACGAGGGCGUAUCAUCAUGCCCGGACAAAAGAUCCACGAGUCGGUUCUUUUUCAUCCAAACUACCGACCUAAAGCGCAUUUUUGGAUGAAUGUCCAGGAAUGGCCCGAAGCGGUACAGUGGUAUACUGCAUCCGCCGAGGAGCGUUUAUCAGAGCUUGAAUUUGCCUUGGAAAUGCUGCCUUUCAAAGGAUCGACUGCUAAAGCUCUCGUCUGUCGUGUUUUUGACAAACAGAUGCUUAAUGGUUUGGUGUUUAUGUAUUCAUGUGAGCUCGAAGUCAAAUCAUUCACACCGCCAAUACAUGGGAGGCUAGAGGCCAUACUUGAUAUCGACGACAGACCUAUUCAAGGCGCUAAACGUGCAAAAGACAGUGGGGAUGGAUGGUCUCUGGUAGAUUCUGAGAAGAACGGGGAUCUCGAUAAGACCAAAGAGGACCACAAUAUCCGUCUAGUGCGCCUCGCUGCAUUCAUCACGUACUGCGAACAUGAGGAAAGACAUAAUCAUCAAAUGCGUCCUGGACGACCUGUUUCAAUUUUGUUUCUUUUGGAUUUCAACUUGCGUCCUGUGGAGAGUGUUGCUCUAUGCGGGACUAUUAAAUACAAUUUGGUCGACCAGUUACUGAGCACAAUGGUACCGAUGAAGACCAAAUCUGCCGGUGGUCAACAGGUUUUCCUUCGAAAUACCCCCUUCGACGUAGCAAAAGUGAAAGAUCGCUGGUCAAAUGACGCUUUCCUCAUUUAUCUACAUCGUCCUGCGCAAAGUUAG